AUGGAUCAACAAUUUAUAAUUGAUGCUUUAGACGAGGAAAUAUUAUCAGAUGAUGAUUUUAGUAACAGUGACUUAGAUUCUGAUAUUGUCGUGGAAAGUGAACAUGAUACAUGUACCGAUGAGUCUGGAUUAUCGUGUGAUGAAAAUGAAUCUAGUGAUCAGAAUUAUUUAGGAAAGGAUGGGACUAAGUGGAAAGCACAAAUGCCGCCUUCAAAUAGUAGAACUAGGUCACAUAAUUUGGUAACUCAUUUACCAGGUGUCAAAGGUGUUGCAAAAAAUUCAAAAACUAUAAUUGAUUCUUGGCAGUUAUUUUUUCCCGAUGAGGUAAUAUCAGAAAUAGUCAAUUUUACAAACAUAAAAAUUCAAAAAAUAAGAGAACAUUAUUCACGAGUUAGAGAUGCUAAAGAUACCGAUAUUAUAGAGAUGAAAGCAAUAAUAGGUUUACUAUAUUUAUCUGGUUCUUUACGAUCGUCCCAUCAACAUUUAUGUGAUUUGUGGAGGACUGAUGGAUUAGGUGUCGAUUAUUUCCACGCGACUAUGAAUAUAAGAAGAUUUCGGUUUAUAUUACAAUGUUUGAGAUUUGAUGACGUCAAUUCUAGAAAUACUCGGAUAAAAACCGAUAGAUUAGCUCCUGUAAGAAACAUUUUUGAUGGCUUUGUUGAUCGUUGUCAAAAAUAUUAUACAGUUGGUGAAUAUGUAACAGUUGAUGAAAUGCUCGAGUCGUUCAGAGGAAAAUGUAGGUUUCGUCAAUAUAUUGCAAAUAAACCAGCGAAAUAUGGUAUAAAAAUAUUCUCGUUAGUUGAUAGUCGUACUUUUUAUACCCUAAAUAUGGAAAUUUAUUGUGGACAGCAGGAAGAAGGACCAUAUAAAGUUGUAAAUAGUGGGAAAGAAAUUGUAUUGCGACUCAUAAAACCAAUUUCAAAAACAGGGAGAAAUGUCACAUGUGAUAAUUGGUUUACUUCAGUACCACUAGCUACUGAAUUACUGAAAAAACACAGAAUAACCAUGGUAGGGACUAUAAGAAAAAACAAAAGGGAAAUACCUCCAAAUUUUUGUAAUACACGUGGUAAAAUUAUACAGUCGAAUAUGUUUGGAUUUACUAAAGACAUGACACUAGUUUCCCACGUGCCCAAAAAAAGUAAAAUUGUGUUAUUGCUGUCUACGAUGCACCAUGAUAAUGCCAUAGAUUCCAAUUUAAAUAAACCUGAAAUUAUUACAUUUUAUAACAUGACAAAAGGUGGUGUAGAUGUAGUUGAUGACCUAAAAGACUAUUCAGUUGCGAGAAUAAGCCGUCGUUGGCCUCUUACAAUUUUUUACAGUCUUUUGAAUAUCGCAGGAAUUAAUAGCCAACUUAUAUACAAAGCGAACAAUAAUUGUAAUAUAAAUAGACGUGAGUUCUUACAAACACUUGGUAAGCAACUUACAAUGGGCUACUUACAACAACGUAUAAAUAUCAAGACAUUACCAAUAGAGGUAAAACGAAAAAUUGCUUCAAUUUUGCGUGAAAAAUACAUAGAACAACCUAACGCUGGACCAACUCGUGAAGGAAGAUGUUACUACUGUGAUCGAAAAAAAAAUAGAAAAACAAAAACGCAAUGUAAAAACUGUGAAAAUUAUAUUUGUAAGGAACAUACCGUAACGUAUUGCCAGAAAUGUUGCGAAGAUGCACAACAUUUAUCAGAUAAUUCAGAAUAUUAA